AUGGAUAGGCCCGCAUUGGAAAAUCUACUACGAUUUCCUGGUUAUAGUCAAGAUAUCUUAGUAGCAGAUGCCUCGGUACUUUCAUGUGGAUGUUUAGCCUCGGAAUCUGAGUUUGAAAGAAACCAGAAACAUGUUUGUCCCAAUUGCGGCAAGUUUAGUGUCAGUAUAUUAGCCGAGAUUAAGCCAUUGAGAAAGCUAUACCGCAUACUCCAAGCUUCUCAUACGUAUUCGCAUUCGCAUAUACAUAGUGAUAGACACCGACGACAUUUAUCAAGGAAAAAUUCUAAAGCUUUUGAUGACAAUUCAUUACAGGUUGACCCAACUCAAGAUGAGACGCUGCACUCUGAAGCGAUGGAUUUUUUAGGAUUAUUUCACAAGUUUGCUAAAGAAGAGAAGCAGUCUGAAGCAGUAAAGGGUGUCUCCAUUUCUGCUGUUGCUCCAAUAGAUAGCCCACCAAAAGAGGCUCAAUUGCCAUUAUCCUUUUCACCAUCUAUGUCUGUACAUUCAACACCUCCUGCAACUCAAGGACGUCAUGGUUUUGAGUCUCUUUCAAUUAGAGAAACGGACUUUGAGACUUUGUUUGCCAAUGUAAGCGAACAAAAGGAAUACAACUAUAGCAAAUGUUUUCCUUUCCAUAGGAAAUUGACCUCAUUUACCACACUGCAAAUGAGAUUGCACUUGGGAGCUAUUAUUCCAUUCAUGCCAGGAAAUGGGAUCAAGAAAGCAAUAAACUCGUCUAUAUUUUCAUACAUAGACUUUGAGCAAGGCACCGAGAUUACUCGAUUUGUGAUAAUUAGUGAAAAGAAAUGGGAACUUUUCGAGUAUGUGUCAUCUUUACGUGAUAUCAAUACUUCUCAUAUCAAACCACGACUUAUUUGUUGUGGAAAACUGUCUGGAGAAUACGGAGAAACUCCCAACAACCUAAAACAACCGAGAAUCCCUGGUGUAAGGGAAUCAGUAAAGAAGGCCAACUUUAACAACAACAACAACAACAACAACAACAAUAAUAAUAAUAAUAAUAAUAAUAAUAAUAAUAAUAAUAAUAGUAAUAAUAAUAUCAAUAUCAAUAUCAAAGUCAAUUUUGACGACAAUCGCACAUCCGAUGUAGAUUUGGCAAAACGGCUCUCGAGUUGGGACCAGGCAAUUUGCCAACUAACAAAGAAUUUCUUGGUGAUUUCUGGUACCAAAGGUGUAAUACGGGUUUUCAAUAUUGAUCCAAAGUCAAGCUAUGAAGUUGGCGAGCCAAUCUAUACUUACUUGACUGAUUUCCCAAUAAGAUGUUUCUCAGUGGCGCCAAAUGAAAAGUUAAUUGCGUGCGGUUUAACAGCAAGAGAAAGGAUCUCUGACAAAGAGCAACCUCUUAUUGUUUUACAUCAAAUGAAAACUUUUGAAAAGACGACUAUAAAAUUCCUCGAUCCAAUAACCAUUACUGUUCCCUAUCGCGAUCCAAUUAAGCUUAUCAACUUUAGUUCAACAUCUGCAUACCUUAUUUGUGCGACUGUUUGGGAGCCAAGAUAUAUCAUAAUACAAUUAAUGAGCGACCAAAGCUUGGACUACAAAAGGCCUCGACUAAUCUGGACGGAUAUUGCAUACAAGUCACUGAGACGAAAUGCCGAAGAAACAAGAAGAGGAGGACGAAGAAGCAGUGGUAGUGAUGGUGAAAAUCUUUCAAGAGCAGAUGAGCUCAUGAUGGCUAACGAAGGUACUACGGACGUUCAAUUUGACAACUCUAGCUCAAAUACGAUCGUUAUUACAUCAUGUUCUUUAAGCAGUCGGCCUGCCUUAUUAAUACGAUUAGAAGGCACGCAGAUCUCAUCACGAAAUCUGACGAAUAUUGAUACAAGUAGUAUUUCCAAUUCUUUUGCAAGCAGCGAAAAGGAAAAAAGUGUUGAAAACGUGAGCAUUAAAUCAUCAGAAGUCAUCAUGAAAAUUCCAGAGAUUGGGUCAUCCUUACAUCGAGCUUCAAUAUCUCCUAGAGGAGACGCCAUUGUAUUCUUGGACAAGGAUGGUAAAUUGUAUCUUGUAUCAUCGCCACACUUGAGCUCGCGGCCUUCCACUACAAAGAGUUCAUCAACAAAAAAAAUUAUUGUGCUAUUAGGAGACGUGGCUAGUGCCCAAAGGUUCAGUGAAGCCGCAUCGGUCCAGUUUUCAGCAGAUGGUGGGAAAAUAUAUACCCUAGACAGAAAGGGUAUAUUUUCCAUAUUUGACUUUACUAAGGGCGUCCCAGGAGAGGACCCAGAAGUAAUAAAAUGUAAAAUAUUAAGCUUAUGA